AUGAGCUUUGUCCAAGAAAUGAAAAAGCCCGUCAUCGUAGGCAAAAAGUCGGCCGUCGAAGCCAAGAAACCCGUCGUCGAAGUUAAAAAACAACCAACCGUUGCAGUUUCAGUACCUGUAGAAGCUCCAAAACCAGCCGUUGAGGUGCCCAAGCAAGUCGCCGAAUCAGUUACUGAAGUUCCAAAGCCGACAGUUGAAGCUCCAGAGCCAAUUGUCGAACCUCAAGCAGUCGUCGAAGCACCCCAGGCAGUCGUCGAAGCAGUUCAGCCAGUUGUUGAAUCACCAAAGCAAGCCGUCGAAGCCCCUGAGCCAAUAGCCGAAGCUCCUAAACCAAUUGAAACUCCUGAACAAGUUGCAGAAAAAACACAAACACCACAACCAGAAACAAUGACUUCAUUCAAGAACCUUCCUCAGCGUCUUUUCCCCCAAUCCAAUGAAGGGGGCCUUGGUGUUCCCCAGCCCAGGAGACAUGGAAAGACCCAAUCUGCUUUCGCUUUUGACAACACCUCCACUUCGGUGGCUGCCAGUCAGAUGAGAAAUGCACUGAACAAGAUGGCCGAUGGUGUCAAGGACCCUGUAGCCAAGAAGAAAUUUGAGACUGAGAUGGACAACUUCUUCGCUCUUUUCAGACGCUAUCUUACGGACAAGGCUAAGGGUACUACUCUUGACUGGGAGCGUAUUCAGCCCCCCCAGGCAUCGCAGGUUGUUGCCUAUGACACACUCCCAACUGUUGAGAAGUCCACUCUUCUCGGGAAGCUUGCUGUUCUCAAGCUUAAUGGUGGUCUUGGUACCUCCAUGGGUUGUGUUGGUCCUAAGUCCGUGAUCGAAGUCCGUGAGGGAAUGUCCUUCCUUGAUCUUUCUGUCCGACAAAUUGAGUAUCUCAACCGUACAUAUGGUGUCAACGUUCCAUUUGUCUUGAUGAACUCGUUCAACACCGAUGAUGAUACCCAGAACAUCAUUAAGAAGUACGAGGGUCACAACGUCGACAUCUUGACCUUCAAUCAGUCCCGUUACCCCCGUGUCCUCAAGGAUUCUCUCCUCCCUGUCUCCAAGGAUAUUGAUUCACCAAUCUCCGACUGGUACCCCCCUGGCCACGGUGACGUUUUCGAGUCUCUCCAGAACUCUGGUAUCCUCGAUGAGCUGCUUGAACGCGGAGUUGAAUACCUCUUCCUUAGCAACGUCGACAACUUGGGAGCUGUUGUCGAUCUUAACAUUCUCGAACACAUGAAGGAAACCGACGCCGAGUACAUCAUGGAACUCACCGACAAGACAAAGGCCGACGUCAAGGGUGGCACAAUUAUUGAUUACGAAGGCACGGUCCGUCUUCUUGAAAUUGCCCAGGUUCCCAAGGAACACGAGCAGGACUUCAAGUCUAUCAAGAAGUUCAGGUACUUCAACACCAACAACAUUUGGCUCAACCUCAAGGCCAUUAAGCGUGUUGUCGAGAACAACGAGCUCGAACUUGAAAUUAUCCCUAACUUCAAGAGUCUCUCUGUCGACAAGAAGGGCGAAUCUGAUAUCUCCAUUGUUCAGCUCGAGACUGCUGUCGGUGCUGCGAUUCGUCACUUCAAGAACGCUCACGGUGUCAAUGUUCCCCGCAGAAGGUUCUUGCCCGUCAAGACCUGCUCUGACUUGAUGCUUGUCAAGUCUGACCUGUACUCUAUGAAGCAUGGUCAGUUGGUCAUGGACUCUGCCAGAUUCGGCCCUGCACCAUUGAUCAAGUUGGGAAGUCACUUCAAGAAGGUCUCAGACUUUCAGAAGAGAGUCUCAAGUAUCCCCAGGAUUAUUGAGCUUGAUCACUUAACUAUCACUGGAGCUGUCAACUUGGGACGAAAGGUUACUCUGAAGGGUACCGUUAUUAUUGUUGCCAAUGAAGGUAGCACAAUCGAUAUUCCUAAUGGAAGUAUUCUCGAGAACGUUGUCGUUCAAGGAUCCUUGAGGUUGCUUGAGCAUUAA